AACUGUUGUGUCCAGCCUGGUCAAUAAUGGUAACAAUAGGAUCUGCCUUAUCAGGCACUUGUCAGACACGACUUUAAAAUGGCUCAGACUAAGACCAAGAUGGGCACAAGCUGGGCUCGAGCUCCAAUGACGACCUCGCGACCGCGCGCUUGGCCUUGCCGUUAAAGUUCCUCUCUCUCUAUGCUCCCGUUUUAUUGUUUAAAUAUUUGAUCGUCUUAUGGCUGAAUAUUUGCGGCGUUUUGUUUCCGGUGGUAAAGCUAGGUUCAGGGAUCCAAAUCUUGACAUUGAGCUAGACCUUGCGUAUGUAACUGAUCAAGUCAUUGUUAUGGGCUAUCCUGCUGCUGGCCUUGAGGGCCUCUACCGAAACCGCCGCGAGGAUGCUCAACGGUUUCUUACGGCUCGGCAUGGUAGCAACUUUUGGGUAUUCAACUUCUGCCCAGUCAAGGAAAACUUCUAUGACAAGAGCGUUUUUGAAGGACGAGUGAGUCGCUACCCAUUUCCAGAUCAUCAUAUACCUCCCCUUGCAAUUCUCCCUUUAGUUUCAAGAGAGAUACAUGCUUGGUUAACAGGUUCAAAGGACCGAGUAGCUGUUUUACACUGCAAAGCUGGCAAGGGAAGGUCGGGCACACUAGUUUGUGCUUAUCUUCUCUCGCUCGACACCUUUUCUCCUCCAUUACCUCUGGAAAAUAGUCACCUUGAAAAGGACUGGGUAACCGUGCGCGUUGACGAUUGCAUCCAAGUAAUCCCCAAUGAUGCGGGCCUUGAAGAACUAGUGGAAGCAACCACAUCCUCUGCAUCAUCCAUUGUGGAGGAAAGACCCUCGGACUCCCCAGACGAAAGUCAAAAUAUGUCCUCCAAGCCCACAGCGCCUACGUUGCAACAGGUAUUAGACUUGCACACCUCACGUCGCAUGAAAGCAUCGUCUAAUUCAACGAAUACAUCAGACGCGGGGCAGAGGAAGGUGAAAGCAGGUGUUAGCAUUCCCAGUCAGCGGCGCUGGCUUUUGUAUUGGUCGCGACUUCUUGCCGGUCAGGGUCCACCUGGCAUGUGGGGACUAUCAAACGUCGAAUCGGGCCUGUCCAAUGGCUCCAACUCGCCAUCGAUUUUCCGGAGGAAAAUGCGCAUCACCGAAAUUUCCCUUCGACUACGUGGGAUGUCUGGAAUUAAAACGGGUCUCGUUCGUGCCGCUAGCUUGCUAAUGGAUCGCGGAAAGGACGGACGUAGUCUCAUCAGUCGUGGCAAUAACCGUGUGUGGGCGUCGCUAGCACGGUAUGACGAUGACUUGGUUGGCGCUCUAGAGCGUUGGGAGCAAAGCACUCGGGAUACCACUAACUUGGGAAAGCGAAAGUGGUCAUUUGAGGCCUCUGAAUCGGUCGAUGGUAUCUUCGCCAGCGACAAAUGGGACAAAGAAAAGAUGGUACGGACUUUCGCUCGGAUGGAAGAUGAUGGAAAGUUACAACCUGAAAUGAAUAGCGCAGACGAGAACGUCAAGGUUAAUAGCUACGUUCUUCGCCCGCUGACUGAGGAACGUUGGGUGGAAAUUCGCAAAGCACCGCCUGAAGAGGAGGAGGAAGAGGAGGAAGUUCACAGCCCAGAGGCUUCAGUCAAUUCGGAGACGACUUCUAUCUAUUCCAUAUCUCAGCCAGUCACAAGGGCCGGUCGCGGCGGAAUAAUUGUUGAUUCCUACCGAGAGUUGCGGAUUAAACUCUACAUGGGUCAGGUAUUCAUGACGUGGCUGUGGUUCAUCCCAGCAUUUCAUAUCGCUCCUGAGACACCAUCUUCAUCGUUCAUACUAGCUCGAGAUGAGCUCGACUUGCCGAUUGGCAUAGGAAAGCAUAUCAUAGAUUUAGAGGUGAAAAUGGAAUGGUGCCAAGAUGAUGUCGAUGACACGCAAUUGGAAACUACCCAAAUGGACCAACCUUUGUCAGGGGCGGAGACUGUUGUGGCCAGCCUCGCUGGUGGCGUUGAAGUUGGCCAAGCUGUCUAAAGAUAAGGAGUUUGUACUACGGCACUUUACGCGUCAGAUGGUGGCGGCCGCCUCAGUAGAUUUGGGGUCCUCCUGGACUGAGUGGUUUUCAUCUUCACUUUCUCUUCAUCAAGUUGACAAUAUUCUUCGUCGCAUGCCAAGGUUCGGGUCAUCCUCGUGCCAGCUGCCAUCAUGCUAUGACGGACGGUGUAAUGUAGGCUAAUAUUAUGUUUUUUCCAUGUGCUCCUUAUCCGAAUUCCCUUUGCCA